UGCUGUGUAAUCAUCGAACUUUCAACACUACUCCAAGCAGGCCGGUAAUUUCAUAUACGAAUUUUAUGCUUAGCAACUUAUUUAAGCCCAGUAAACAACUAGUAAGCCACUGAAAAGAUCGCACAAGAGUACAACUCCCGACCAGUGAUACAGUAGACAGAAUCAAAAGCACAAAAUGGCCGAGACCGAGAAAAUCGAGGUUCGCGACGUGACUCGCAUCGAGCGCAUUGGCGCCCAUUCGCAUAUCCGCGGAUUGGGACUGGACGAUGUGCUGGAGGCUCGUCUGGUAUCCCAGGGAAUGGUGGGCCAGAAGGACGCGCGCCGUGCCGCCGGCGUUGUGGUGCAGAUGGUUCGCGAGGGCAAGAUCGCCGGAAGAUGUAUCCUAUUGGCCGGGGAGCCUAGUACCGGCAAAACGGCCAUUGCUGUGGGAAUGGCGCAGGCUCUGGGCACCGAGACCCCAUUCACUAGCAUGUCCGGAUCGGAGAUAUACUCGCUGGAGAUGAGCAAGACCGAGGCUCUGUCACAGGCACUGCGCAAGAGCAUUGGCGUUCGCAUCAAGGAGGAAACCGAGAUCAUCGAGGGCGAAGUGGUGGAGAUCCAGAUCGAACGCCCCGCCUCGGGUACCGGACAGAAGGUGGGCAAGGUCACCCUCAAGACCACCGAGAUGGAAACCAACUACGAUCUGGGCAACAAGAUCAUCGAGUGCUUCAUGAAAGAGAAGAUCCAGGCUGGCGAUGUGAUCACCAUCGACAAGGCGUCCGGAAAGGUCAACAAGCUGGGUCGCAGCUUCACCAGAGCCAGGGACUACGACGCCACUGGCGCUCAGACCAGAUUCGUCCAAUGCCCCGAGGGUGAGCUUCAAAAACGCAAGGAGGUGGUGCACACUGUGACCCUACACGAGAUCGAUGUUAUCAAUAGUCGCACCCACGGGUUCUUGGCCCUGUUCUCCGGCGAUACUGGAGAGAUCAAGCAGGAGGUUCGCGAUCAGAUCAACAACAAGGUUCUCGAGUGGCGCGAGGAGGGCAAAGCUGAGAUAAAUCCGGGAGUACUCUUCAUAGACGAGGUGCACAUGCUGGACAUUGAGUGCUUCUCCUUCCUGAAUCGCGCCCUGGAGUCGGACAUGGCUCCGGUGGUGGUGAUGGCCACCAACCGCGGCAUCACUCGUAUUAGGGGCACUAACUAUCGCAGUCCGCACGGCAUACCCAUUGAUCUACUCGAUCGCAUGAUCAUCAUACGCACUGUACCGUAUUCCGAGAAGGAGGUUAAGGAGAUCCUAAAGAUUCGCUGCGAGGAGGAGGACUGCAUCAUGCACCCGGAUGCCCUGACCAUUCUUACACGCAUCGCCACAGAUACCAGUUUACGCUACGCCAUCCAACUGAUUACCACAGCCAACUUGGUCUGUCGUCGCCGCAAGGCCACCGAAGUCAAUACCGAGGAUGUGAAGAAGGUCUACUCGCUCUUCCUGGACGAGAAUCGCUCGAGCAAGAUCCUCAAGGAGUACCAGGAUGACUACAUGUUCAGCGAGAUCACCGAGGAGGUGGAAAGGGACCCGGCCGCUGGAGGCGGGGCAAAGCGUCGCGUGGAGGGCGGCGGAGGAGAUGCCCAGCCCAUGGAGCACUAGAGUCUAAACUGACAUCGCAGCAACCCCCCAGUACAUUCUCAUGACUAUUUUAUGAUCAAUAAAUAAGUUUCCUUGUAUCUAUGAUUAAAUUAAAUGCCUACGAAUUUGGUCAUGGUUUUAUAACGAUUGUAAUUAAUAAACCAUUAUCAGC